AUUUAGUAAAAUGGCCAACCAGCCGAACCACCCCGUGGUCUGUUCCCCUCUUGCAUCAUUAUUGCUUCUUCCUUCAGACUUGGCUUCUGCCUCCUCCCGAUUUUCCUCUUGGUUCACGGUUGCCAGUUCAGGCUGCAAAAACUCAACUCCUGUCUUGUUUUUGGAUGAAAAAAACUCUCCGAAGGAGCUUGCACUAAUGGAUAAAACAGGGGAGGGAAAAUUUGAGGAUCUGUUUGAUGGGAAUUUGAGGAAAAUCUGGAAGGAGUGGGAGCUGAGAUCCAUGGUGCUGUUCACACUUGGUGUCCAAGUAGUCCUCCUCCUCCUGGGCAAUAGAAGGAAGUCCAGCCACAAGGUUUGGCUCAGAGUCCUUGUAUGGUGUGCCUAUUUGACUUCAGACUCUGUAGCAACCGUCGCUCUCGGCAUCCUCUCGAGCAAGCUGGGAGAGGCGAAUGAGAAAUCUGGCCAGCUUGAUGAUAACAGCAAGCUAGUAGCUUUGUGGGCACCAUUGCUUUUGCUUCUCCUAGGUGGCCCUGACACCAUCACUGCUUAUUCCUUGGAGGACAAUGCACUUUGGCUCAGGCAUCUUCUUGGCCUGGGUGUUCAAGCUGCAGCAACAGCUUAUGUUCUGUUCAUGGCCUGGACAAGCUCUUCUCUGUCUGUUUUGUCGCUUGUAAUGAUCCUGGUUGGCCUAAUCAAGUAUGGUGAGAGGACAUGGGUCUUGUGGUUUGCUAGCAAGGAUAAGCUCAGAGAAUCUAUGCUCACGCCACCUGAUCCCAGCCCUAACUACCCAAGAUUCAUGGAGGAGUAUAGCCUAAAGCAGGCUGAGGGGUACCACGUCACCGCGGAUGAAGUAAUUGAAGUUCAAGUCCCGGCCGGUCUUUGUGCUAACAGUGAUCUGUCUAAAAUUGUCGAUGCCCUGGAUAGCCAAUGUGAAACUACUGUCCAACUUACAGUUAAGGCCUAUGCAUUGCUUCAAAUAUUCAAGUGUCUCUUCGUCGAUCUGAUACUUAGCUACGACGACCGGGAUUUGAGUCAGUCCAUAUUCAAGGAUAUCUCGUGGAACGACGCUUUUCAACUGAUUGCGAUCGAACUUGGGUUCAUGUAUGAUUUGCUUUACACGAAGGCGAUGCUGUUGUAUAGUGUUUGGGGAUUUCGACGCCGGUUUAUAACUUUCUCCCUCACCCUCCUCGUGCUCGCACUCUUUUCUGCCGCUGAGAAGUAUCCCAAAAGCUCGAAGGUCGACCUUUACAUAACUUAUGCGUUGCUGGCCGUGAUCAUUCUUUUCGAAAUUUACUCCAUCUUGAUACUUCUGUCCUCCGACUGGACAGACGUGUGGUUGAGUGUGCAUAACAAGAGCUCUGCCCUUCACCGUGCUGUCAAAUGUGUCCAGUUGCCCAAACAGCCUCGGUGGUCGGAUUCCGUCGCUCAGUUCAGCUUGCUACGCUUCUGCAUCAAAGAAAAUCCCCAGGUCUGCCACGGUAUUCUCAAGCUGUUAAACAUCAAUGAGAAGCUGGAUAAGUAUCACUAUACGGACUUCGAAAAGGUAACGCCCAAUCUGAAAGAAAAGAUCUUUAGACAUGUGAAGGCGAAGUCCGAUAAGCUUGAAAAGUCGACGGAUACCAGCCAUAUUGGCAGGGUACUCCGUGGUUAUGGACAUACUGAUGAAAUGUGGAGCACCGAGGUGGAGUUCGACCAAAUUAUCCUCAUUUGGCACAUUGCUACCGAACUUUGCUGCUACUCAGACAGAAUAGACGAGUCGAUUCCGGACUACAGACUAAGCAUGCUCCUGUCACGGUACAUGUUUUAUCUCCUAGUCAUGUAUCCUUUCACGUUGCCCAGCGGAAUCGGGCAGAUCAGGAUCCGGGACACAUUUGCCGAGGCCAUAAAGUUCUUCGAGGACCGGCCCAUGAGAGAGCAAGCCAAAUCCAAGCCUGAAGCUGAGGAGAGCCGCACCUUCUUCAGGAAUCCAUCUGGAAAGAUAACGGAUAAGGCGGUCCGUAGGAGCGAGGAAGCUCUUCGGUUAGCUUGCAAGAUGUUGCUAGAAGUGAACACCGAGGUUCCGCCGACUAAAGUCAAGGGUGGCAGGAGCAAAUCGGUGUUGUUCGACGGAUGCCGGCUCGCGACCGUGCUAAAUAAACCAGCGGACAUAAGACUGAAGUGGGAGAUGAUCUCGAAUCUUUGGGUGGAGGUCUUGCUGUACGCGGCGAGCCAAAGUAGAGGGGAUUGCCACGCUCAUCAGCUGAGGCGAGGAGGCGAGCUUCUCACUCAUGUCUGGCUCCUGCUCGCCCAUUUCGGGCUGACCGAUCACUUCCAAAUGACUCAAGGCCGUGCAAUUGCAAAGCUCAUAUUAAGAUAGAAAUUUUACGGCGAUCAGCAUGCGUCUUUUAAUGCUUUCUUAAUCUUUGAGUAGAGUACCACAUCACUU